AUGGCUCGAUGUAUCUUCAUAGCAGCAGUCGUGUGUGCCAGCUGCUCCAAACUCGGCCAUCACAAAGGAUUUUUGGCCUUCCAUGACGACCGUCCCCACCGAAACACCCACAUCCAGCACACAGUGCAGAGUUCCUCGGACGCUGAAAACGUCGAGGUUCACCUGCUGCGCAGUGGCAGUGACGACUCAGAGGCACAGGGCGCUUCGCAAAAGUCCGCCGUUCGAAGGACAACUCAGGAGCAUCGACAACGGCACAGGAAUGCCAAUGAGCCAGUUGCAGAGAUCACAGACCUCUCAUUGCAGCAUUUGGAGAAAGGCAACAAGGCCGAUGGAAUUGACAUUGACAUCGUCAAGAUCAAUACCAACAUGCUCCUCCCAAGCACCUAUUCGGUGUCGCUGGUGACGACCACUCAGGCUCCGGCCAACGAUCGUGGUGACUGCGUGUGCAAGCAGGGCAAUUUCCUGCAUUGGAACACCAAGGAAUGCAUUCCUCAGAAGUCCUGGGGCUUCGAGUGUGGCUUCUUCCCACGACAGCAGCAGAAUCGAGUUUGCCAGGAUGGGCUCACCUGCAGGAGGCUGAAUGCUACAGAUUCCUAUGAAUCUUCCGGCAAGUACAAAGGAUGGACAGCUACCUCUCCGGCCACCUGUGAGUACUGCAGCAAGGAGGAUGACUGCACCACAGGGAUGGAGAGGCAUGUGGCUGACUGCGUCCGCAGCGGCGAUUUGAAGCGCAUGGAGGAAGAACUGGAAGAUGAGGAUGCUGAGUUGGAACCCUGGGAGGACAGCGAAGUCUUCGAGGCUUGGGGGCACAAGGGCGCCAACCUCAAUGAUGGUGAUGACAAGGACUUGGACUCGUUCGGGCGGCAAGAACCCAAGAUGUGCGUCACCGUGAAGGUCACAGUGCCUGCCCUCACCAUGCGGGAUCAAAGCACUCGGGUGCUGGAGGCAAAGUUGAACACCACUUUGCAGGUCAUCGCCAACGCCACCCAAAAGGCUGAUGCCAAUGCCAGUGCCAGUGGCAAGUCUCAACGACAGGCUGUGGCUGAGGUUCAGGCCGAAGCGAAUGCCACUUACAACGCCACAGCAUAUGCUGAGGCAAGCUACACGGCCUACGCUGAAGCCACCGACAAGGCGACCGCCACCUACAAGGCGGUUGCAACUGCUGAAGCCAAAGAGAAGGCAAAGGGCAGCACAGAGGUGACUGCAGCAGCGCGCAGCAACGCCACAGGAGCAGCCACGAAGAUUGCCAAUGCCACCAGGAGCAUGAAAGCCAAGGGAGAAGCAGGGGUUCUGGUGAAGCUGAAGCAAACUGGACAUGGCAAAGCCAGUGCAGAGGCUGAAGAACGGGCCACUGUGCAUUUGGAAGACGUCGAGAGAGUCACCAAGAAUGCCACUGUGACUGUUGAGGGCCACGGGAGUCUCAAGAAGGUCUUCCAGGCCACCGCUACAGCGAAAGCCAUCGUGGAGGCGAAAGCGUGUAUCUCUGCGCGACAGGCGCGAAAGAUGUUGGGCCAGCAAACCAUGAAAGAGUCUGGCAUGACCUUCGCACGAGCAGUGUACAAGAAGGCGGAGCGCGAAGCCUAUGCUGAAGCCAAGGAUCGUGCCACCCGCAGCGCUGUGAAGAUGGCCACCGAGGCAGCUCAGAAGAGAAUUGACACCGACAUCGAACGACAGGUGAAGGAAUUCACGGAGGCACAUCGUGAAGAGUUGGAAAAAAUCGCAUUGGAAGAUGCGGUGAACAGCACAGAUGCCCUGAAGAAGAGCUUGCAGGAGGAUGCCAUGAAGGAAGCCAUGCGGAAAGCAGUGGAGAAGGUGAAGUCUGAAGCACCUCUGGAAGCCCAGCGCAAAGCUGAUGCCAAGGCCAAAAAGGCGGCGGAAGAUCAAGCAACGAAGCUGGCCACAGAGGAAGCUCAGGAAGAGGCAAAGGAAGGCCUGGAGAAGAAAGCUGUGAUCAAGGCCAGAGAAGAAGCACAGGAGAAGGCCAAUGCCCAGGCGAAGGCCAAGGCCUUCGCUUCCGCCAAGGCUGAAGCAGAAGAAGCCGCCAAGGAACAGGCCACCAAGGCUGCCGGCGAGGCUGCGGAAAUCUUGGCGGAGCAGAAGGCUCGUAAGAAGGCUGAAGAAGCCGCUGUGGAAAAAAGCUGUCGAAAAGGCUAG